AUGCAGUGCCUACCCUGCGGACCGUCCACCAACGCGCCCGCUGCGCAUGCCGCGGCCAGGAGCGUCAGCCGCCGGAGGGUUGUCGUCAAGGGCGUCGCCUCGGCAACCCACGACACUGACGACACCGAGGAAGCGCCUCCAAGGUCAAUGAGGACAACAUGUGAUCUUGGUGCAAUGUCAAGCAAAGCCUUAUUGCUUGUGUCAAAGAGGAAGCUUAUUGCUUUGUCAGCCUUCUGUCUUAGCUUACAUUCUUCAAGGUACUUUCCAGCACUUGCUUUGGGUGAUACAUCUGUCAAAAUCGAGGAUGUGACUCCCAAGAUUUUUCCAUCUGGGCCAUUAUUUCCAACUGAGAAACGGAUCGCAGAACUAUUCGAAACAAAUACUUACUCAGUCGUCAACAUUUUUGAUGCAACACUACGGCCACAGCUUAAUGUUACUGGUGUUGUGGAGAUCCCUGAAGGAAAUGGUUCUGGUGUAGUGUGGGAUGAUUCUGGACAUAUUGUUACAAAUUAUCAUGUUGUUGGCAGUGCUCUUUCAAAAAAUCCGAAGCCUGGUGAUGUUGUUGCACGUGUCAACAUUCUUGCUGCCGAAGGGAUACAGAAAAAUUUUGAAGGCAAAUUGGUUGGUGCAGAUCGUGCUAAAGAUCUUGCUGUUCUUAAGGUUGAUGCUCCUACAGAUCUCUUGAAGCCAAUUAAUGUGGGACAAUCCUCGGCCCUAAGAGUUGGUCAGCAAUGCUUAGCAAUUGGAAAUCCUUUUGGUUUUGACCAUACUCUAACUGUUGGUGUUAUCAGUGGUUUAAAUCGAGAUAUUUUCAGUCAGGCUGGGGUGACAAUUGGAGGUGGAAUUCAAACAGAUGCAGCUAUUAACCCUGGUAACAGUGGUGGUCCUUUGCUUGACUCAAAGGGGCAUAUGAUUGGUAUUAAUACAGCAAUUUUCACACAGACUGGAACAUCUGCUGGUGUUGGCUUUGCUAUCCCAUCAUCAACUGUACUUAAAAUCACUCCUCAGUUAAUUCAGUUCGGAAAAGUUCGUCGUGCUGGCUUGAAUGUGGACUUUGCUCCAGAUCCAAUUGCAUAUCAGCUUAAUGUUCGCAACGGAGCUCUUAUACUUAAGGUACCUGGGGGCAGUGCUGCAGCCAAAGCAGGUCUUGCUCCGACUGGCAGGGGUUUCGCUGGUAAUAUUGUUCUCGGUGAUAUCAUCAUUGCCGUGGAUGGCAAACCUGUUAAGGGCAAAUCUGACCUGCUGAGGGUUCUGGAUGACUAUGGCGUCGGGGAUCAGGUGACCUUGACAAUCCGGCGAGGCUCUGAAACCCUUGAGGCAACCUUGCCUUUGGAAGAGGCAAACGUCUGA